GUGUGGAAACUUUACCGGCUCGGGUGCAAAGUUUUCCGCCGUCUGCAAAGCUGCAAACCCCCGUUUCUGUGCGAUGACGGAGGCAUUCACGCGGUUAUACCACCGUCUCCCGUCCGUCCUUUUUGUGAUACAUUUUUCCGCCUGAGUUCGUCUCUCAGACGUAGCCGGGUGGUGAUGUUGCCGGAUGUGUUGAGACUGAGAGGACGCUGUUAGCGCGGGGGCCGCAUCGUCGAGCUCCGGUUCCAAUCCUGGGAUUGUUUUUUUCUUUAAUUCGUAAACGGACAAAGCGAGGAAAAAAAAAAAAGAUAAAUUCUUAAUUUAUUGUUGAAGGAGUGUAAAAAAAACCAUGGCUUGCGAGCCCAACCGUGUGCGGCUGCUGUGCAUGCUGUCGCUGACGUUCAGCUUCUUCGUGGUGGAGGUGGUGGUGAGCCGCCUCACCUCCUCCCUGUCCAUGCUGUCCGACUCCUUCCACAUGCUGUCGGACGUGAUCGCGCUGGUGGUGGCCCUGGUGGCGGUGCGGUUCGCAGAGAAGACCCGCUCCACGGACAAGAACACGUUCGGCUGGAUCCGCGCAGAGGUGAUGGGCGCGCUGGUCAACGCCGUGUUCCUCACGGCGCUGUGCUUCACCAUCGUGCUGGAGGCCAUCGAGAGGUUCACCGAGGCCCACGAGAUCGAGAGCCCCGAGGUGGUGGCCGGGGUCGGGGCCGCGGGGCUGCUGGUCAACCUGCUGGGGCUCUGCCUCUUCCAUGGACACGCCGGCGGGGGGCACGGACACUCCCAUGGUGGGGGGGGACACGGACACGGCCAUGGGGGCAAGGGCAGGAGGGGGAAGGAGGCCGGGAACGGAUCCGCCGGGGAGGAGACCAACAACCUGGUGGUGCAUCACAGCAGCCCCGGGGAGCAACGGUUAGGCACCGAGGUCAGCUGUAAAGACGAUUCAGAGGUGCAGAUGAACGGCAACACCCACUUCGAGGACGCGGACAAUGGCCAGGAGGCGUCGCUCAACAUGCGCGGCGUUUUCCUGCACGUAUUGGGUGACGCCCUGGGCUCUGUCAUUGUGGUGGUCAACGCCAUCAUAUUUACCUUUGUGUGGAAGCCCUGCAAAGCUGGUGAGAAUUGUGUGAACCCUUGUUCCAACAUCCACAGCACAGACCACCAACAUGUCAACGAGACGCUAGUUGAUCUGCUGGGAGGUGGAAAUGCGACGACUGUAACGAGGGCCGGGCCCUGCUGGGUUCUCUACCUGGAUCCCACGCUGUGUAUCAUCAUGGUGUGCAUCCUGCUCUACACUACCUAUCCGCUGUUAAAAGAGUCGGCCCUCAUCCUGCUGCAGACCGUUCCCAAACAGAUCAACAUGCACCGCCUCAACGAGCGCCUGCUGAGCCUGGACGGCGUUUUGGCCAUCCACGAUCUGCACAUUUGGCAGCUGGCUGGGAGCAGAAUCAUCGCUACAGCGCACAUCAAGUGCCACGACCCCACGUCUUACAUGGAGGUGGCCAAGCGCAUCAAGGACUUCUUCCACGACGAGGGCAUCCACGCCACCACCAUCCAGCCCGAGUUCGUCACGUUCAACUCGGAGUCUCGAGACUCCCAGUGCGAGCUUUCCUGUCGGACUCAGUGCGCUCCCAAGCUGUGCUGCGGCACUGCGGACAAACAGAGCGCAGGCUCCGACAAGAAGGGCGGCGGUGAAUACAAACCUGCCGUCGCCUCAGCACUGGAGAUGAUCAGCGAGACCCCAGAGAAGCUUCCGGCUGUUCAUUUGUCCCCUCAGACUGAAGCUGCGGUAACGAUCUCCAGAGAGGUGGAGUCGUCUCUGUGAGAUGGAGGGGACAGAUUAAAACAGAGGAAAAGCAGGAAAACUACUACUUUGGGCAAACACAUCACUGUCAUUUCCACAGGACUGUUAUUCUUUUGACCCGUUCUUCAUGCAUUUGAGCCUUAGUUUCUUUCCAUUUCAUACCUCCCGUUACUUGUAUCCAGCCCGACUCUCCUCUGCCACUGGGUCCCUCUGUUGUUGUCUGGCAGUGUGGUUGUGAUGCAUGUUGGGGUCACGGACCUCAUAUCCUCCAAGGCUGGAGCGAGGCCUGCAUGAGUGUCCCUCAUUAGCACCGUGUUGUGAUGUGCCAUCUCAUACUAUGGUGUUUUCUGUGCCAAAGCUUCUCACUGCAGGACCGAAGGGACCCUAAAUGUGCCCUCCUCUCUCAAUGGACACACUUCUCUAGUUUUUGUAGUUCAGCCUUCGGACCUCUUGGCAAAGAGUUUACUGUUGUGUUUUUUUUGUUUUUUUUUUUAGGUUUUUAUUUUUGAGUGCGUGAGUGGGAUGUGAGCAAAUCUAUUUUCUUAUCUUCUUACUGCAAGUGGAAUAGUAUUAUAUUGCAUAAUAAUUUAAGUAUUUAAGUUAUUAGAAAUGAUCGAUCUCACUGUAGAUGCUGUUUGUAAUAUUUAGUUUGAACGAUACAGAGAGAUUUUUGCAAUCUUUCUGUCUUGGAUUUUUUUUUCAGACAGACCAUCUAUGCUGUAGGGUGUUUUUUUUUUUGUUUUUUUUUUCCAAAUGUGCUGUUUUUUAUAUAUAAAAUGAUUUAGUUUUUUUUUUUUUCUAGUCUGGCCUUGACUCAGUUUUAAUUGCAGUCAUUAGUUGGAGACAAAGCCGUAUCGACACCUGUCGCGUUGCCUUUUAAACAAACUGCUGUGAUAUAGCACUAAGUAUCGUAGGAACCGUGUAAAAGAACUUCUUUCAAUGGCACAGUCCCCUAAUUAAAUGUUUAUUCAUAAAUUCGAUGCGUUGCAAGCCAGAGGGGUGUGAAGAAAUGAGGACUGUAUGCCAUCAGUGAUACAAUCUCCUCUGUAUGAACAUGUGCUGGAAAGCUUUUUCAUCCUGGCUGUUUGAUUUUUAAUAACAGUUAUUUUCUAAAUCCUCAUGAAUGUGUUCGGCACCUUGUCACAAUCCAAGCUGAGGGAGUUUUUCUAUAUUGUGGACGUUCUACCAUGUUCGCAUGAUCAAACUGAGACCUGGUGUUCAAUAUAACAGCUCCGUGAAGAGCGCUAGUUGCUGCUUACCAGCUCGAGCUGGUAUCCCCCAAUAUUACUCACGACUCUGUCGGUAAUGAGUCAUCAUAUAGCUCAUCUGUCGUCUGCUCUGGACAGCUGAAGAAGCUGUUUGCAGAAUUAAAGUCCAUAUGGUGGCCUUGAAAUUGUACGAGUUUCCCUCGUGGGCACGGAUGUCAUCUGUUUCAGAUUUCCACUCACUAUUAAAUGUGUAUGCAAUAUAGAAAUAUGUGCUGGGAAAUGCGUUUCUGCUUCAUUUGUAAUGUUUGGUCACAUUUAUUCUGUCUUUUGUGACUUGAACUCUGUGCAAAUUGAAAACAAAUGUUUUUUUUAAAUUUUAGAUAUGACAUGUCAGCUGAUGUGUUUUUGAUAUAUACAUGCAUAUAUAUCCACAGUACUGUCCCAUGUGUCAUUGUGAAAUAAAAAAAAUGGCUGUUUGAUACAGUCGAGUAACUAAAA